GAGAAAGCAGACAGUUUAUCAGUCUCACUGCCCGCGUGGCACUCCGCACCAGAAAGACGUCUGUUGUCAAUGGCGAUGACGGUGAUAACAGCAGUGAAGCGGUCCAUGUUUGGACAAAGUGGAUGAUGCGAUGUCAUCCUAACAGUGUUUCAAGGAGGACCAUUCUCCACUGUAGGUACACAUUAAAUGAGGAUGAGAGAGAGAGACAGAAAGAGUGAGAGGGAGAGAAAGAGAGAUUGAGAUAAGGAGCCCUCUCAAUGCUCUAUCAGCCAAUAGCACAUCUCUCAGUGAGGUACUAUUGUUCACGUAGACGCCAGUCAAGUAUCCAUGUCGCAUUCAGGCUCCAGUUCCGGGUUUUGUGCGUCACCGGGCUGUGAGAACGGGCAGUGAGAGUGCCUGCCGUGUUGUGCUGUGCUGCAGUAGAGGAUUGUGUCGAGAUUAGAAGUAGUCUCACUGGAGAGCAGAGCAUCUUGCUGUCCGUUUCCCCUUUUUUGCCAUCCUCUUCAGAGGGUUCGGAUAAAAGAAAAAGAAAAGAAGAGAAAAAAGGAAGAGGAGGAAGGAAAUAGAAAAGAGAGCUGACAUCAGUGAGACUGGUUCAGAGUGAGAGUAGAGCAUCUCUCACACACAUGACUGUGUGAUCCUCUGCUGUCAUCGUGUGAAAGACAAGCCCAUGCUCUCUGAUGUCUCCUGCCUCUGGACACCUUGCCAGACCAGCAAUAUUCAUGGUCUCCCUCUCAGCACUUCGAUGAAGAAAGCAACUCCCCUCCUCCACCCAGGAACAUGAAGGCUCUAUCGGGCGGGCGGCCCAGCCAGCUCCAGAUCACCUCGGCUCACACCUGCGGCCUGGCCGACUGCGAACACUCCCUGGACCACCAUGACUCCCGCACCCCCUCUUACCUCCUCAGCCCCACAGAGAGCUGUCCCAUGGAGCACCGCCGCUGCUCCCCCCAUAGCUCCAUUCACUCUGAGUGCAUGGCGAUGCCCGUCUCCGUCUCCAUGGCCAACACAGACCACUCCAUCUCCAGCAGCACCUUUCCCAGGAUGCAUUACAGUUCCCACCACGACGGCAGCGGGUCACGGGACAGUGGUGGUGGUGGAGGAGGUGGUGGUGGUGGAUCACGGGAUCGAGACGAGUGCGGCUCGUCGCACGGCGGCAGCGGUAAAAUGAACAGAAUCCCGGCCAACCUGCUGGACCAGUUUGAGAAGCAACUUCCGUUACAUCGCGACGGCUUCCACACACUGCAGUACCAGAAGACACACACCACCACCACGGAGCAGCGCAACGAGAGCCCUGGGAGGAUCCGACACCUGGUCCACUCUGUCCAGAAGCUCUUCACCAAGUCCCACUCCCUGGAGGGCUCGUCCAAGAUGAACGGCACCAAGGGGGACUCGCACCGGGAAGGCUCCCACCACCACCAUCCCAACCACCAUGGACACCACAAACACAGCAAGCGCAGUAAGAGCAAAGAGCGUAAGUCAUCAGACAGCAGCGGGAAGCAGCGCUCCGGGGUGGCGGGCUGGUGGAGCUCGGACGAUAACCUGGACAGUGACAGUACGUACCGGACGCCCAGCGUUAUGUCCCGCCAACAGGUGGACCACAUCAGCCACUGCUACCCCGACUCUGUCCACAGCCACUACGGGAACCUGUCGCUCAAGACCUCCAAGAGCAACAACGAUGUGAAGUGUUCCGCGUGUGAGAGCGUGGCCAUGGCUCCUGAAGGGAAGUUCAUGAAGAGGAGCUCCUGGUCAACGCUGACUGUCAGCCAGGCCAAGGAGGCCUACAGGAAGUCUUCCCUCAACCUGGAGAAACCUAUGACGCCCACAGACCUCAAGCCCAACCUCAGGCCCUGCCACUAUCUACAGGUACCUCAGGAUGAGUGGAGUGGUUACCCAGGGGGAGGUAAGGAUGAUGAGAUCCCCUGCCGGAGGAUGAGGAGCAGCAGUUACGUCAAAGCCAUGGGUGAUGAUGAGAGUGGAGAGUCUGACUCCAGCCCCAAGACGUCCCCCGUGAAGACGGUCCGGCCAGACGCCCUGGUCAAGUCUGUCAUGCAGAGACCACUCCUAGACUCCCAGAGCUCUUACCGGGUGGAUAAAAUGAACAGUGACGUGCGGAACUACAUCACCAAUUUUGCUGCAGACUUAAGUCAUAACUACCACUUGCAGGCCUCAAGAGACCCCCACCACCCCAGCAUGGCCCUGGAGCCCUCCACCAACUACAACUCCCAGCAGCCACCUCUCCCAGCAGCCCAGUUCCGCUCCAGGAAUCAGAGCUACAUGCGGGCGGUCAGCACUCUCAGCCAGGCCAGCUGUGUUAGCCAGGUCAGCCAGGUGAGCGAGACAGAUAUAAACGGUCAGUUUGAGUCAGUAUGUGAGUCGGUGUUCAGUGAGGUGGAAUCCCAGGCUGUGGAGGCUCUGGACCUGCCCGGCUGUUUCCGGACAAGGAGCCAUAGCUACCUGAGGGCCAUCCAGGCUGGCUACUCCCAGGAUGAUGACUGCAUCCCCACCAUGACCUCCUCCACUGUCACCUCCACCAUCAGGUCCACCACAGAGGGAAAAUAUACACAGGAAGCCACUAGCUUACCUGAGUACCAGGCCAGUGUACAUCGAGACGUGGCAGGCACAGGCCCAUUGGCCCAUGACGAUCUAGGCUGCCCUAUCAGAAGAGACAGACUGUACCGCCAAGAGAGUAUCGGUGCUACAGCCAAACCCCGGUCUGGGCCCCCUGUUUCACCCAGACUGUUCAGGCCCCCUAAAGCUAGCGUUCAGGCCCCAGAGAGGCCCUCACCCAAAGCAAUCCAGGCCAGUAUCAAGGAGUCGGCCCAAUUGGCUGCAACCAUCAGCAUGCAGUGGAAGGAGGAAGUGUCGGCCAUGCGUCGUGAGCUGUCUGAUCUCAGGAGAGACCUGUGCACUGAGCUCAGGGCCUUCAAUAGUAACUUCAACAGCUUCACGCAGCACUACAACACGUGGUCUCCACAGCCGGGGGCGUCUGGGGGAACAGGGGCGGCUGGGAAACAGACUAAAGUGGCUCAAUUGUCAGUAGGGACGCAGGCCAGGAGCAAGGUGCUGGUGAGACAGAGCACGGCGGACGCAGCCGUCAACUGUCCUGAGGAGGGAGAGAUGCAGGAGAAGCAAGCCAUCGUGAGGCGCCGUCUUCCUAAACAGAUCUCAAUGGACCCAGCCAUUCUAAGGCGCCCGGCAUCGCUGUUUGUGGAGGGUUCUAUCCCGAUCACUCUAGAUCCAUUACUUGUGGAUCCAGUCACCAUGAUCCAACCAGAAUCAGUGCCAGUAAACUCAUCAAACACUGUGGUUUGCCCAGAACCACUAGACCAGAACCCGGAGAGGCUAUCAAAACUGAUAUCUCCUGACGGAGUCAGCAUGAGCUCCUCAGAAGCACAGUCAGUGGAUCCAGCCAUUGAGGACCCCCUAGAUUCAGAGCAACUGUACCCAAAGGCGUUGUGCUCUCCAGAUCCAGUGCCCACAGACGUAGCUAAUGUGUACCUUGAAGAAACAGACAAGCUGGACCCAGUUAAUCUGAACCCCUCAGAUACAGAAUCAAUUGACUCAGUUAAUGUGAAACCCCUAGUCCCAGAACCAAGAAUUAUGCACCUACCAUAUCCAGUACCUGUGGUUACUGUGUCCCCACCACAAGAGUCAGACUCCGAUUCAGAAUCUGUAGAAGACGAUACUGUGCGCAAGCAAAAUCCAAUGUCUCAAGACCCAGUUCCUGUGUUUCUGCCAGACCCUAAACCAUUAGGCCCAGGCCCUAUAGUCUCAACAGAGCCAGAGAUAAAACCACUGUCCCCUACUAAUGUGUACUCAUCAGAGAAACUUGAUCAAUACUCAGUUACCAUUUGCCCAACUGUCAUAGUUACUCCAGAGAGCCCAUCUGAUUUAGAACCCCUGGAUGUGUGUCUGAUCCCACCUGAUUCAGAAUCACAAGACCUAGCCACUGUCUGCUUUCCAGACCUCCCAGAUCCAAUCCCCUUAGAUUUAGACAUAUUCUCAUCGGAAAUAGUAGUGCAUGCAUAUCCAGUCACCAUCGACUCGUUUGAUGAGUUUGAUGACUCUCUGGAGCCAGAAUGGCCACCUUGUCCAGAAUCAGAGGACCAGGCCACUGAUUGCCCAUCUGGUCCAUUUAUGGUCCAUUUGGACUUAACCACCUUCAAUUCCUCAGAUGAAUCUGAUCUGGACUCAGUCUUCUUGGAUCCGCCAGAACCUCUGGAGACCGUUAGUGUGAGUUCAUCAGAUCUCAGCCCAAUCGCCAUGUACACACCACCAGACCCAGUUUCUCUGAGCCCCCCCAGUCUGGACCAAACCUCCAUAUACCAAUUGGAAUCAGUGUCUGUGGACCCAGCUAUGGAGUACCGAUUAGAUCAAAUGCAUGAAUACCUACCUACUGAGUUACCUGAAGAUCCAGAACCACAGGACCAAGUUACAGUACAUUCACCUGGUCUGGUCUCCUUCGGACUGGACAGUCCAUUCACCCCAGACUCAGUAGACCUGUACUCAGCCACUAUGUGCCACCCAGAGCCAGUCAUCCUAGGCCUAGAUCCACUACUAUUAUCACAAGACCCAGCUAGCAUUAGCUUGUCCCCAUUUGAGAUGGCACCCAUGGAGCCAGAGGAUGCCACAGGGGAAGCCACAGAUACCUCUGGCAUGGAUGUCUUUGAGGACCCUGGAGAUCCAGAGGGGGAGACAGCUCCUGACAACCCAGGGAAGUCUCACUGUGACCAGGCCUUUCUGUGGGAUAGGUGGCAGCAGAAGGCUCCCCAGUGGGAACCACGGUCCAUGAAGAGGAGUUCUAGUGUAGAGCUAUGGAGUGGGAGAUAUGAGUACAACAGUGCGGAGAUAACAUACAUGUCUCUGACACUCUGAACAGUAAGAAGUAUGUAGCGAUGAAUGUAUCGGUAGCAGAUUACAGCAUGGGAACAUUUCGUAUUGAUGUUCAAAGGCAGUGUAUUUUCUGGGUAUCGUGGCCACGUAAAGCUCUGUAUGAAUGUUUCCUAUUGCAUAGGAUAACCCCCUGCCCAUUAACGUGGUUUGACAUUAAAUGACUACAUUAGUGGCAGCAACCGCAUAGUUGAAUGGAAUGUACCAUAAGAAUGUGAUGAACAAUCAAAGAAGUUGAAUGUACAUCAGACUUCGAUUGCACUUGGCUUGAACUGAUGGACCUAAGCAUUAGUGAACAUUGACAUGAACUGUUCUUACGGUUCUUUAAGAGGACUAGUAAUGAAUGUAUACUUCUUAAUCGAUGAGUCUGUCGUCUCUCACAAAUGGCAUUUACCACAUGUUUUACCAAAGACUCUGUGGAGCUCUGUGGUAGACUAAAUAGACUGUCCUGUGCUUAUGGUUCUUGACAAUCUUUGCUCUGACUGUGGAUACAUUGUUUUUCGGUGGAUAUAUUGUUUUCCAUGACAUAUCUUGAGUGUUCUGUUCAAUGUCACUGGAGCAAAGUAAAUCUAGGCAGUUAUCAUAUAACCAUAAAUCCCAAAGACUGGCUGUUGAAUCAUAUGAGCGAUUGGAUUUACUCUAUAGGAACAAACGGGAACCUCGGGAAUUGACAUUGUUCGUAAAAUCUGAUUAUGGAAGAGAAGUACUCAGUAGCUGUUUGGACUGUUGGGAAUACUUUCACUAUAUGUUUUGUACACAUGCAGAAACACACCACAGAUACAUAUGCACACACACUUUAAAGACAAUUUGAAUCCACAAAUCACAUUACAUUCAAGAAGGAUUCAAACAUUUCAACGUUUUUUUGUAUGCAUGGACACUUAAAGAUACAGAAAGUACCUUGUUCUCCAACAGCUGAAACAGAGCAGUACCAAGCCAAUCGCUUUUCGUUAGUCUUUGGCAGGCCUGCAAUCUGGAAGCCACAAACUGUAAGCCUAUGUACAUGACCAAGACGGCCAACUAUCAGUGCUACUAGCUUGCACCUAUAUCCAAGGCUGUCCAAGUUUGAUACGAGGGGCUGGUAUUUAAGAAGCAGGUCACCAAAGGCCUGCUCCAUGUGAGCACCUCUAUCUGGCCUCCCGUACAACAACAAUAUCUGGGGUAUUUGGUACACAGGAAAAUGCAUUAUCAUCAACAUCAAACUAACUUACACAAUCAUGUUUAAGGAUGUGUGCCGUUGGGGAGACUACCGGUCUCACCUCACUGGCUGCCAGGUCGACAAGUCGGUCAUGUCUAGCAAUGUACAGGUCCUUGUAUGAACAGCAACUAUUCGCAACAUGGGUAACAGCCUCCCUUACAUUUGACUAGAAUACAAAAGAGGUCAUGGUUUACAGGGUACCAGAGUGCUAGCACACACACACACUGUUACUAUGCCUAUCCCUUUCUUUUGUCAGUCUUGUCCAACACCUAAACUGUAUACAUCAACAGAUAUUUGACAGAAGCUUCAAAGACAUAUGCUGGGAUGUUUCCCUUUCAAUGUCAACUCCAUCCAUCCCCAGGUAGCAAAUGGCAUGGAGGUCCUGUCUGUCUGCCACAGGGGAGUGAGGUUGCUAUGUCUCUACUGUCACUGAUCAUCCUCAUGCUCAGGAACCAAAGACUGAGAAUAUCAUUCCAACAGCUGCUACUCAAGUGUAUGCAAAUGUUAAUGUUCAUCCUUUUGUAUACAACAAAAUAUGUAAAUCACCAGAUUAUUUCUAAGAAUUACUGGUGACAUUAUUGACCCGGAGACCCAAGAUAGUGAUGAUGUUAAACUGCAUGGUUAUGAUUCUGAAGACGUAUUAUUUGGACACCUACUGUACUGCGUUUGGUGCUGGGUCGUAUAUUUUUGUGCCCAGUGUUGGGAACAGAUCCCAGAGACUAUUGAAAACACAGAAUGACAGCUCUGCUACCAGCAAGGCACCAGCCAGAUGAAACACGAGACUUCUGUGCUAUCCUUAUUAAGGAGCUGUGUAUGAAAUAGCCCAUUAAAUCAUGGGCCCUAAUAAAGUACACUGGGAGAAAAAGAGA